AUGGCCGAGUUCCCGUCUAAAGUGAGCACGCGGACGAGCAGCCCCGCGCAGGGCGCCGGCGCCUCUGCCUCGUCGCUACGACUGGACCUGGGCUUCGUGCGCUCCAGCAUCGGUGCGCUCAUGUUGCUGCAGCUGGAGCGCCCAUAUUACAGUCACAGUGUACUACAGUACGCACACAUUCUGCCAGGACAAUGCCGCCCACCCAGCCCUCCAGGGGACCUGGCUCGAGGCAAAGUCCACUCUCGCUCCCAGCGGCUCCGCUUGGCUGCCCCCCCACCCCCGCCCCAGAACACUCCCCGCCUGAUCGAGAGGAGGACUAAGGUGCAAAAGAAGGUGGACCAGGAUCUACCUUUACAGUCCACCGAAAGGGCCUUCCCCGCUGCUCCCUGCACCUCCGACGAGGCUGCCAAUCUCCGGCAGGAGUUAAUGAUCUUUAAUGUUGGCGCCACCGUUCUCUACAUCACGGCCUUCAUCACCUGCUCUGCUGUAGUUGAGCUGACGGCCCUGAAGGGCACCCGGCCGUAUAACCAGCGUGCAGCUGCCUCCUUCUUUGCGUGUUUAGUGAUGAUUGCCUACGGAGUGAGCGCCUUCUUCAGCUUCCAGGCCUGGCGAGGAGUAGGCAGCAAUGCAGCCACCAGUCAGAUGGCUGGUGGCUACACCUAACCCACCUGUGCCCAUGGCCCACCGUGGGGCUGAAGGCUGCAGCUGGGUCACAGUGCAGGGUCACCCCCACAAGCACGA